AUGCGUUUACAUUUAAUUUUCGUGUUCGCUUUAUUCUUAGCUGUGGUCCAUGCUCAAGCAGUGCCUUCAGCUGACGUUAACAAUGAAGUACAGCCCUUAGUUGUAAGUGUUUUUAAAGGAAUUAAAUCAGAGAGUGUGAAGGAAGCAGAGGAGGAAGGUGAUGAUGAUGAUCAGGAUGUUGUAGUGCAAGAUGCUGAUGAUGAGGAUGAUAAUAAUGAAGAUGUUGAGGAGGAAGAAAGCAGUGGUGAUGAUGAUAACGAAGAAGAUAAUGAUGUAAAUAGUGACGAUGAUCAAAAUCUAGAUAACGAUGAAGAUGAUGCUGUUGAAGAUGAUGAAGAAGAUGACGACGACAACCAAUCUGUAGAAGAAAACAGUGUUUCAGAAUCAGAAAACGUUCCCAAACCUAGACCAUUACCACCUCAUCAACGUCACAACUUUUUACAUAAACGAUUCCAGAGGAAAAAACAAGAAAAAGGAGACCCCUAUUAA